AUGCAUGGAGGUACGCAAUCCACCCUCGCCUUUCUCAGACAACGCUACUGGAUUCUCGGUGGACGAGCUCCAGUGAAGACGCACAUCCUGCGGUGUGUGAAGUGUGCUCGACAGAGGGGGAUCCGUGCCCAUCAACUGAUGGGCCAACUACCUCUUUGUCGAGUCACUCCAUCACGCCCGUUCACCCACACUGGGGUGGACUAUGCAGGACCGCUCACGCUGAAGACUUGGAAAGGCAGAGGAGCCAAGACGCAGAAGGGGUGGAUUUGCGUCUUCGUUUGCUUCGCAACCUCAGCUAUACACUUGGAAGUUGUCACCGAUUACUCAGCCGACACAUUCAUCGCAGCUUAUCGCAGAUUCGCAGCAAGAAGAGGAAUUGCAGCCUCUCUCUACUCAGAUUGCGGUACCAAUUUCCAAGGAGCAGACGCACAGUUGAAAAAGCAGUUCACGGACAGCACACGAGAAACUCAAGACCUCGCAGCUCUACUCGCCAAGGAUGGUACGCAGUGGCACUUCAACCCUCCUGCCGCUCCACACAUGGGUGGAAAAUGGGAGGCAGUUGUCAAAUUUCUCAAAUUCCAUUUGAAGAGGACGAUUGGAGAUGCUUUACUGACGUUCGAGGAAUCAAUAACAUUGCUCGCGCAGAUUGAAGCCAUCCUCAAUUCAAGACCGUUGGAACCACUGAGCGAUGAUCCAGACGAUGUCUUAGCCCUCUCACCAGGACACUUCCUGAUCGGAUCGCCCCUCAACGCAGUGCCAGUGCCCACGCUUCUCGACGUCUCAGUCAACCGGCUGUCAAGGUGGCAGUUUCUGCAGCAGCGUCUCCAACAAUUUUGGAGACUCUGGUCCACGCAGUACUUGCAGUGA